AUGGGUACUCAAGUUCACACACGCGUCAAGCGAAAAAUUUGCGACCCAGGUGAUGCUCAAGAUCCAAAAAGGGCUCGCGGGAACUCUGAGGGAGAUUUUGAACCUGUUAAGGAAACUAGAACAGCUGGGAAAAUUCUAAGCAUGCAUCUGCGUAACAUAAUGUGCCAUGAAUCGCUGAAGGUCGAUUUUAAUCCCAACGUCAACUUUAUUAUCGGAAAAAAUGGAAGCGGCAAAAGUGCUAUCAUAUCUGCGAUAGCUAUUGUAUUUGGUGCACGUGCUAAUGUCACACAGCGAGCUAAUUCAUUGAAUAAGUUGAUCAGAGAUCAUUGCGACAGAGCAAGCAUCGAAAUCGUAGUAUCCAACGUUGGACCAUUGGCGUUCAAACCUGAGUUAUAUGGUGAUUCAAUAAAAAUAACUCGUAUUAUUGGCCAGGGAGCAAAAUACACAAUGGCUAGUUCUCGCGGCAAAGUUAUAUCAAAAAACAAGAUUGAAUUGGAACGAAUGAAAACUUGUAUGAAUAUACAAAUAGAGAACCCGAUUUCCGUCUUGAAUCAGAGCAAGUCAUCUAAUUUUCUAAUGACUGCUAAUGAGGGUGAUCUAUACGAAUUGUUUAUGCAGUCAACUCAACUAUCAAUCAUCAAUGAUAAUUACAAAUCAGCCGUAUUGGAGUGUCAGGAGACGAGUCGCAUUCUUGAAGAUACGUCAAAACAAUUAAACGUCGAGCGAAAAGAGAUUGAAGCCCUGGAAAAUAAUUUGCGCAGAUUAGCUGCGUUGGAUAAUACACGCGCAGAAUACGAUGGUGUCCAGGUGGAAUUAAAAUGGGCUUUAGCGAUAAUGGAGGAGGAUAAUUUAGAGAUGCAUGAGAACCGGGUUAAGACGUAUCAAGAAAAAGUAAGACAAUUUGAAAAUGUUCAUCAGGACAGUGGAAACAAGAUUCAGAAUAUAAAUACUGAGUUGGAAAAUUUAAACGCUAGACUCGAUGAAAUUGAAUUAGAAUCCCAGACAUCACGUGAAGCCUAUGUAAAAGCUAAAGCUGGUUAUCAAAACAAGAAAGAAGAAGUCGGGGGCAAGGACCGAGAGAUUAAACAGUGCUUGAAGCAGAUUCAAAAGUACAAAGAAGAUAUUUCCACUUACAUCAACGAAAUUGAACGUUUAGAAGGCGGUAGCAGUCAAGCAGAGAUGAAACGAAAUGAGCAAAGACAAAAAGCUGCUCAGUUGAAAGAAAAGUUUGCUGAAAUUGAAGCUCUGUUGAAUACCACCAAAACAGAUUUGUCCCAUUUAGAAACUACCAAAGUGCAAUACGAGAAGGAAGAUCACUUGGCUAAGAUGGACGCUGAUAAAAAGGCGAGCGAGUGCUCGCGUGUCGCAGCACAAUUGCAAAAUUUCCAGAAAUCCGGCGGCACUAACAAUGUCUUCGGCAAGAAUAUGGAACGUUUGAAGCGCCGUGUUGAUGAAGAACACAACCGAGGACGAUUUUUGGAAAAACCAAUUGGCCCGAUUGGUGAAUUUAUUAAAGUAAAAGACCCAUCGUGGAUUCCAGCUAUUGAGAAUGUUCUUGCGCCAUUAAAUGCUUUUUGUGCUGACAAUGGCCAAGAUGCAAAAUUACUGGGGAACAUUAUUCAAGAAGUUUACGGCAAAGAAUCUAAGCCUACUAUAUAUUGCAGCAAAUUCCAUAAUCGUGUCCACGACGUCAGCAGAAAAUGUGUUCGUGAUCAAAAUUACUCGAAUUUAUUCGACAUAAUGGAGAUUUCUAACACUGUUGUUGCGAACUGCAUUAUUGAUCAGAAAGAGCCAGAGUGUCUGCUGUUGAUACCAACCAGUGAAGCGGCUAAAGAAUUGCUCUCACAUGCAAGAAAUGUCCCGCGUAAUUGCAAGCGUGCUACUACCAAAAAAGGUGAUAUGUUUUUUCCGGAUCCUAUGUAUCGUACUUAUGGUGGAAAAGUUGGCAAGGCUAACUAUCUUGAGGUAUCAACUACUGAAGUUAUACAGAGAUUGAAAGAGGAAUACGUUACCGCGGAAGAAGAAAGAAAAAUUGCUUAUAAUGAUUACAAGGUUAAGCACGAUCAGCUGUUGGUUAAUAUUAAGUCUUGUUCUGAGUUGCAGGCGAAAAUAAAAGAUCUGAGCAUUUUUAAGGAACGAGUUAGACGGCAGAUUGCUGAUUUGGAAGAAGCGCUUCAGGAAGAUUUGAAUGACAAUUGCGCGGUAUUCAAGGCUGAUAAGCUUAAAUUGGAAGCUCUGUUGAAAGGCAAAGAAAAUGAGCAUGCAAAAUUGUUGGAGGAAAAAGCUCAGAUUGAGAAUCAGUUGAAGGAACUUGCGGUUGAGUUGAAGGCUUGUCAAAAAAAUACUGCGACUAGAGGUGACAAAGUUGCGGAGGUAAACGAAAAAAUUCAAAAAUUACAGGCUGAAAGAGCUCAGAUCAACAGUAGCUUCAAUGGUGUCAAGAAAAGAAUUGAAAGUACGCGCCAGGAGUUGGAUACUGCUCUUGAAGAGUGUAACAAACAGCGACAGAGAACGUCAAAUGCUGUUAAUGCUGCGCAGAGAGUUGGCGAGCGAGUUCAGACUAGAAGAUCACCAACACAGCUUCAAAGAUUGAUCCAGGUUCUUGGGACGGAAAUUGAGAGGGUACAACAUGAUGUUGGCUCUAAAGAAAAUCUUGAAAAUUUGCUGGAUCUUAAGCAAAAGAAAAGUGCAGACAUUAUUGAGCUGCACAAUGGCUUGCAGAAAGUUAACAAGCAGCAUCAGCGUAGAGUUGAACAACGGAAAGAAGAGUUUCAGAAAAUGAAAAAAUUUAUGGCGCGUAAAGUUAAAGAGGAGUUCUUGAAUAUAAUCCGCCUUAGGAACUUUGAUGGUUCUCUUAUUGUUGAUUAUAAAAAUAAAAAAGUUAAGAUUGAAGUUAUUCCGUCUACUACGGACAAGCAAUCUUCUAAUGCCGUACACACGUUGUCUGGAGGUGAAAGAUCGUACUCAACAGCCGCGUUUGUCCUUGCACUCUGGGAGUGUACCACUUUGCCAUUCUACUUUCUUGAUGAAAUUGACAUUUUUAUGGACAAAGUGAACAGGAAAACAGUUUAUGACUUGUUGCUGCAUCACGCUAACUUGCUCCACCAAACCGUGGCACACAAUCGCAAUCACAAGCGUAACCACCAACUCAACAGAAUCAAGAAGAAGAUGAAGAAGAUUAGUCAAUGUAGUAUUACAACUUAA